AGAGAGAGAAAAUAAACAGAUGGCUCCAGUUAUGGAUUCACAAGGUGAGGAAAAAUUCUCCGAAUUCUACGAGAGGUGGAUAAGGCAGCUGGAGGGCCACCUCCGCCUCCUCCUGGUGGCGCCGCCGCAGCAUUCGGGGGAGGCGGACUUCCGGCCCAUUGUCAACAAGCUCACGGCCCACCACAAGGAGUACUAUCGAAUCAAAUGGGCCUCGGCCCAGAACGACGCCCUCCCCUUCUUCGCUCCCGAGUGGCUCAGCCCCCUCGAGAACGCCUACCUCUGGGUCACCGGGUGGAAGCCCUCGCUGGCCUUCCGCCUGGUGGACUCCCUCAAGGAGGCCCGCUCCCAGAGCGGCUCCAGCCUGGCCGGCCUCAGCGAGGACCAGGUGAGGGGGAUAGAGGCGUUGCGGGUGAGGAUAAAGGCGGAGGAGGAGAGGGUGGAGAGGGAGAUGGAGCGGCAGCAGGUGGCGAUGGCGGACAGGAAGAUGGUGGAGCUGGCUCGCCUCGACGUGGAGGCGGCGGAGGUGGAGGUGGAGGUGGCGCUCAAGGGGCUGGUGGCGGGGAUGGAGAAGGUGAUGAAGAUGGCCGACUGCGUGAGGCUCAAGACGAUGAAGGGCGUUCUCGACGUGCUGUCUCCCAUGCAGUGCGUGCAGUUCCUCGCGGCCACCUCCAUGAUGCAGAUUCAGAUGAGGAAAUGGGGGAAGGUUACUAAUAAAUGUUGUAAUUAAUUAAUUAAUUAAUUAGGGAGUAAUAAUAUACUAUCACACUCAUUUAGAUGGAGAGGUGUUAGGUUACUAGUACACAUUAUGCAUAUAUUGAUAGAGUCUAACUAAUGUGAAAGAAUAGAUCAUGAAAUAUUACUACUCAUCAUGUUGAGGUUUAUUCUCUUUUUAGUUAGAACAUUUCUUAUGUAAACGGUGUGAUCUUGUAUUAAAUACUACACUUUAUUAAUUAA